CGUGAUUGUUCUGGAAUUAGCCGUACCGAUCCUUUAUGAUGCUCAGGGUGGCGACCAGAUCGAUUUCGCUGUUAAUGCAACCCUUGCGAGCUUUUUAAGUUUUGGCAUGGCUCAUUUCAUUCUCGAUCGACGCAGUGCACCGCCAGGAACCCGGAUUGAGCCUUUUUACAAUGUCUUGUCACGGUGGAACAAACAGGAAUCGAAUGACAGUAGCUCGGUUACCCAGCAACAGCAGCAGGGCGACGACUCCACUGCUAUGCGACGAGAUGCGUUUCUGUGGCUCCUCAAGGGCUGUUUGGCCACAGCAUAUCUCUCCGAGAACACUGUGGUAUUACGGAGUUGCCGGUAUUGCCCUUAUUUCCCAUGUUAUCAUCUUUCCAACCUUCGUGCUUUUAUGGUAUGGAGUGGAGUUGUCAAUCAGAGCUAUUCUGUUUCCAAACAGCCUCAAACAAAGACAUGCGGCAGCGCGCGAUUUCGUGCAACGUCCACCGCUAUUUCAGAAACCUUGGCUUGCAUCGUCAAUUCAUGAAUUGUGGUCGAAACGCUGGCACCAAAUCUUUCGAUGGGCCUUUCAGGGACUUGUUUAUGAUCCAAUCCGUGCUAUGUUCCCCCAAAACAAGCAAUUCGGCCGUGCUUUUGGAACAUUGGGGGUCUUCGCUGUCUCUGGCUUUAUGCAUGAUUAUAUAUUACUGUGUAUGUUUGGAUACACCGAGUAUGUAAAUCGCCCCGGCAUCGGUGGAUAUCAAUCUCUCUUUUUCCUGAUACAGGGUGCUGCAGCAGUUAUAUCCGCACAGAGUCUCUUUCGCGUACCGACUGCGCUUGGCAGUUUCCUGACAUGGGGGUUCAUACUUUACACUUGCCCGCUCUUCAUUGAACCAUACUUACGGAUCGGAUUACAUCACCAAGCAGAAAUACCCGGUUACCCACAUUUAAUAGAUUCUCAGAUUGUAUCAGUUUGUCCAUACGGACCCAAAAUGGGCAUUUAAAAUGAUAAUAGAUAAUAAUUUCUAGUUAAUACAAUUUGUUUCAUACUUUAAAAAAAUUAUUGUAUA